CUCGUUCCAGCCAGCCCGCCCGCCCGCGCCGCGCCGCCACACCCCUCGCGCUUGCCGAUAUUGCGUUCCCAUCUCCCGAUCCGCGACCGCAAGUUCGAUGGCCCAGUCCGUAAGCGCCCGGCGACGACGCGACCCGCCUCUCUAGGAGACCGCCAUCACCAGGAGGGCCCAUCAAGACGCGACGCGCUACGCAUCACCGCCACCGACCCCUCCAUCUCGAUCCCAGCCCCUCCGCUCUGCCUCUCCACUCCACUCCACUACCGCACUCUAGUCGACGCGGGCACAGCACACUUGGCACUCAUCAACGGCCCCUCCCGAGUGCGUCGGCGCGCGCGAACCCGACGUGAUCCACGCCACGCCACGCCAUGCGAUGACGUGACGUGACGUCUGCCCGAUGGCCCUGCGCAUCAUCGACCGCCUACCGGCUACACAUGCGCGCGUCGACGACCCCGCCCUCGCAUUUACAAACCGAAUCUCACUUGACGCGUUUCAUUUUGUCGCCGUCGUCUGGCGCAUCGCCCACCCGCUCGCUCGCUCGCUGCUGCGCUCAGGCUACGCAGGUCACUCGGAGUCUGCCCGGCCCCCGCUCGAUAUCAAACACUACGCAUUUUCAUCUAUUACCGCCCAUCCAUCCGCGCAGUCACAGUAAUCACAGCGACCCUCUGCGACCCUCUGCCAUCCAUCGACUUCCGAUUCCGAUUCCGAUUCCGAUGCGACUGCCCUGCCCUGCCCUGCCCGUCAACGUCGGCCUGUUCCAUCCAAUCUCCUCAUCUUCCCAUCAUGCAUCAAUGCAUCAUAUCCA